AUGGGGGAACGGGGCACAACGGGGGGCGCUUGGGGUGCGCGCGACGAUGCCUCGUGGUGGACGAGUGGCUCUGGGGAGCUUCAGCAUCAACAACAACUGAAUGAGGAAAUAGCAAGGAGUACUGCCACUGUUACGCAUCAGUUAUAUACAUAUAAGAUGGCUACUGGCUUUUCUAAUAAUACUGGAAAUAACACGUCGCCUGCGUUCGACUAUCGUUUAAUGACUGGAUCUAAUCCUAGGGAUGAAUCUCCUCAGCAACCUUGGUGGUAUGCUUCUGGCGGUGUAGAAUCUCAACAACAAACUUCUUCUCCAACGCAACAGAAUCAAUCAAGUCCAGACUCAGAUCAAAGUAAUCACCAGACGAACACAAUUCAACAAAACCAUCAGGCACUUCAGCAGGCACAGGAACAGGCUCAACUACAACAAAGCCAGUUGCAACAAUUACAGCAACAACAACAAAGCCUGCAACAGGCAUUACAGCAGCAGAAUCAGAGUCUGCAACAGACUUUACAACAGCAAAGUCAACAACAAACUCUGCAACAGAUGCUACAACAGCAACAGCAGCAACAUCAGCAGCAACAACAACAACAUCAGCAACAACAACAGCAGCAACAUCAACAACAACAUCAGCAACAACAACAGCAGCAGCAACAUCAGCAUCAACAACAGCAACACCAUCAACAGCAACAACAGCAAAAUCAACAGCUUGAAAUACAAGUUAGCCAGGCCCAAGCUAAAGCGCUUGCUCAGGCAGCAUUACAACAACAAGUUGCUCAAACAUUGCAACAACACCAGCACAACAUAGAAGUUGCUCAACAACAACAAAUCCAAGCUGCUCUUCAAAGACAGUCAGCUACAUUGCAGGAAUUGCAGCAACAGGCUCAACAGCAAGCCUUGCUAGCUCAAGCUACUAAUAGAUCCAGAAUGCCGAGAGCUCGUGCCUACAAUAAGCCCAGAGGCAGAAUGACAGCUUACGCAUUCUUUGUACAGACCUGUAGAGAAGAACAUAAGAAGAAACAUCCAGAAGAAAAUGUUAUAUUUGCUGCCUUCUCCAAGAAAUGUGCUGAGAGGUGGAAUACAAUGUCUGAGAAAGAGAAGCAACGUUUCCAUGAAAUGGCCGAACAGGAUAAGAAGCGUUAUGAGAUGGAAAUGGCGAGUUAUGUGCCUCCCAAGGAUGUUAAGAUCAGAGGAAGGAAGAGGCAUGCAUUGAAAGAUCCCAACGCACCCAAGAGAUCUCUAUCAGCUUUCUUCUGGUUCUGUAACGACGAGCGUUCGAAGGUGAAGGCCAACAAUCCAGAGUUCACGAUGGGUGAUAUAGCCAAGGAGCUAGGAAGACGAUGGGCGGCCGUGGAGCCCGACACCAAGUCCAAAUAUGAGUCGCUCAGUGAACAGGACAAGGCUAGGUACGAUAGGGAAAUGACAGCAUAUAAGAAGGGACCAUUGUCAUUAGUUCAGCCACAACAGCAAGAUGUCGAGGAAGAAGGAGAUUUUGAUGCAGAAGAAGAAUAUAAGUAG